AUGUUUGGCCGCAUGUCAAGUUUAAGAGUUUCCCUACUCUUGCUGCUGUCAGAAUGUCUUGCUUCUACUCGCAAGCAGCAGAAGGGAUGCGUCGGAGCGAGUGUGAAAGCAAACUCACACGAGCUGUUGAGCGUUGGUCUGUUCCAUCAGACGGCGGGGAGGUUGCAAGUAUCUCAAGCAUGUUACGAAGCUGCGAUACGUCGCAAGAGCGACUUUGCGACAGCAUAUUUCAACUUAGGGACAGUGUUCUCAGCGAGGGGAGAAGACCACAAGGCCAUCGAGGCCUUUCGUGAGGUGAUUCACAUACAACCAAAGUAUGCGACAGCACAUUACAACAUCGGGAACAUCUUCUAUAAGCUCAACAUGAUUGAUGAAGCCAUUUCGAGCUUCAAGGAAGCAAUCUCUGUCGAUCCCACGUAUGUUCAUGCGCAUGCCAACGUUGCGACGCUGCUGCACCUGAAGGGAGACUUGCAAGGGGCGAAGAAGCACCACCAGGCUUCCAUCCGCAGCGACCCAGGGUUCAGCGACGGCUGGAUGAACUUGGGCAACGUCUUGCGCUCGUUGGGCGAGCUUGAAGCCUCCGUCCAAGCGUACGAGACAGCAGCCUCGCUCAAACCCGAUCACGGGAUGGUAUACUACAACCUUGGUAUCGCUCUGUGGGAGAAAGGAGAGUUCGAGAGAGCGAUCAGUGCUUACACUCUCUCCCUGACGUUCUCGGGGAAGCUUGCGAGUGCUUAUUACAAUCUAGGGAUGUGCUAUCAGCAGCUCGGGAGACUUCAAGAGUCGCGAUGGAGCUUUCAGAAUGCGACGCAGAUCAGUCCUCACUCAUACGAGGCGUAUAACAACCUUGGGGCUGUGCUAGAGCAGCUGGGAAGCAUACCAGAAGCAAUCAUGGCAUAUUCCUCUGCCUUUCGCCUAGCACAGAAGAAUUGGAGCUCGGUACACAUAUCGAUCAUCGCCAACUACUAUACCUCAUUGCAGACUGCCUGCAAUUGGCAAGAGAUGGAAGCGAUACGAACUGAAGUCUUGGAGAGAGUGAACACGGGGAUAGAUGCGAAUGAAGACCUCCAGCCCUUCAACUGCAUCCUCUACCGCCUCGACGAGCAUCUCGCCAGGAGAAUUGCCAGGAAUCAAGCUGCCAUGUAUGAUAUUAGCAACAACGUGCACUUGUAUCUAAACUCCAUCCUUCAAAUCGAUCUCAAGGUUCACUUCGGCAGCAUGUUAACACAAGAAGCAAGUUACAUCGAUUACAUGUUGUCGGACCGUGUGAUCACUCCUCCGGAGGCAGUUUCCACAACUUCCGAGAAAUUCCUUUACCUUCCACUUUCUGUCCUUCUGAAUGAUUUCAAACUUUCUCGUCAAGGAGUCCUUGACUUACCCAGCCAGCAUGUGCCGCAGAUGAGGUCUCGUUUUGGGUUGCCUGAGGUUGCUCCACUCGUCUGCAGCUUUUGCGAGGCAAAUAAGAUCAGCCAGGAGCUGGUGGACAGCUGGGUGAGGAUACUGAAGAGGGUUGAGGACUCCGUGCUCUGGAUCCCGAGAUACAACCCACUUGCUGAGGAGAACCUCAGGGUUGAAUUCAAGCGAAGAGGACUGAACGUCUCUCGGGUCUUGUUCUCCCCGCCUGAGGUCAGAUGCCUGGGCGGGAAGUGCACCAGACAUGCUGGGAACGGCUCUCUUGUCUUGUCAGACAUGGAGUAUCUUGCCGCUGCCUUGUGUGCAGAUGUGGUGUUAGAUACGGGACCGGACAUCUCGUCCUCUGCAACCUUUGGCUCCAUGUUAUGGGCAGCUAUCCCUUCGCUUACCAUGCCAGGCUUCAACAUGUCGAGCAGGAGCGGAGCAAGUCAGGUUCUCUCCCUCGGCCCAGCAGCAGCUUCUCUGGUCGCCCGCACCACGUCCGAGCUCGAAGACAUGACAGUCCUCCUAGCGCAGAAGUCAGAGAUUGCGGAGAAAUUCCGAGGUUAUCUUCGCCAUCAGCGAUCAAGAUCUGAGCUCUUCGACGUGGACGCUUGGGCUAACGCAUUCCAGUCGAGCUUGAAUCUGCUUUGGGAACAGUUCGUUGCCUCUCAAGGCGAACUUAAGCACGUGUUGGCUGUCAAAAUCGACACGGCCUGA